AAGUCUUUGAUUAAUAGAGAUACAUUACAAGCAAAAAUUGGGUUAAAGCACGAAAGAAUGUUAGCAGAGGCUGAUAUAUCAGAAAAAAAAUCAUCUUAUAUUAGAAAACGUGUAGAAGAAUAUCCAUCUGGUGAAAUGAAUAUAGGAAAUAAUGAAUUGAUUCAUUUAAUGGAUAUGUAUUUGAAAUGUUAUAACGCUAAUUCUAUGGCAACGUAUGUAGAAGUUUUAUUUAAAGUAGAAAAUGAAAUGAGAUAUAAAUGUAGAGAUAAAAUAUUGAAUGCUUAUCGAAAUAAUAUUUCAUAUGAAAUAGAAAUAGAAAAACUAUCACUGACUGAUUAG